UUCUUGAAAGCUAUUCUCCCCACGGUGGCUACACCGAAGAAGAAGAUGUCUGGGAGAGUCGCAUUGCUCAAGCAGCUUAUGAAGCUGAAGAUGUGAUCGAGUCCUAUAUUGUCGAUCAAAUUCGUGCUCGAUCAGAAACUGAUGUAGAACACAUAAGCUCAUUUGCAUUCUAUCAAGGUCUGAAGAAGGUGAUAGAAAACAUGAAUUUGAUCAAGAUAGAUAUUGAGAAUAUGGUACUCCAAGAUCAAUUCCAGUCACUCCACAUCGUAAAGUCUGUGAGCACUGCUGCUGCUGUAGGCUCGUCUAGAUCUGCUUCUGCUGCUCGUGAGGUUACAAUGGUUGGUUUUGAUGAUGUCUUGUAUCAAAUGUUGGACAAGAUCACUGGAGAUGCACGGGAGCGCCAAAUUCUACCGAUUGUUGGAAUGGGUGGGAUAGGCAAGACCACUCUUGCUCGGAAUAUCUAUGUAAGUCCACUUGUCCAGGAGUCUUUUGAUGUUUUUGCAUGGACUACAAUUUCUCAAGAGUAUAAUGCAAAAGAAAUUCUUAGACAAGUUCAUGAUCAAGUAGGCAUGGGGAAGGGGGAUGAUUUAAGUGAAUAUGAGCUAGGAGAUCAUUUGUACAAGUAUUUGUUUGGAAGGAAGUAUUUAUUGUAAUCGAUGAUAUGUGGAACAUAGAAUCAUGGGAUCGAGUUAGAAGCUUCUUCCCGGAUAAUAGAAACGGGAGUAGAAUAGUAGUGACGACAAGGCUAUCAAACUUGGCAUCUCAGUUUAACUACUCCAAUGGUCUAGAUCUGAAAUUUUUGGAUGAGGAUGCUUGUUGGAAUCUAUUUUCCAAAACUAUGUUUGAGGAAGAAAGUUGUCCUCUUGAGUUGGAAGACAUUGGAAAGAAGAUUGUGAGAGGUUCUAAGGGACUUCCAUUGUCAGUUGUUGUGAUAGGGGGGCUCUUAUCAAAGUCUGAACGGACAAAAGAAAGUUGGGGAUUGUUUGAAAAAAAUUUAAGUUCAAUUGUAAAUUUGGAGGGUAAUGAAAGAUGCUUGCAAAUAUUAUACAUGAGUUAUAAUAAUGUGCCAGUUCAUCUAAAACCAUGUUUUCUCUAUUUCGGAAGAUAUGCUGAAGAUGAAGAGAUUCGAGUAUCAGAACUCAUCCUAGAUUUGGGUGCCGAAGGAUUCGUAAAACCAAUUAAUGGGAAAAGUUUGGAAGAGGCAGCAGAAAAGUAUGUAGAAGAACUUGUUGCUAGAAAUCUCCUUAUAGUUGAAAAGCGCAGGCAUUGCGGGAAACUGAAAUAAUUGAAAAUGCAUGACCUGUUGAGGGAUGUGUGUCUGAAAGAAGCUCGAAAACUGAAGUUUCUAUAUGUGUUGGAAGAGAAGAGCAUUCUAGAGGGCAUAUAUCCUUAUCACCGUAUUGCAAGCAGGUUACAACAAUGGGAAUAUCCAACCCAACUCAUUCAAUCUCUGAAAUCCGCACCACUUGUCCGCUCUUUCUUUGGGAGAGCUCCAACGGAUUUGUCGAAUAAUUUUAGGUCGUUGAGGGUAUCUAUGUUUUACGUAGACACUGAAUAUUAUAAGAAGGAAUUUCUUACGCGAGUUAACUCACGUCUUCUUAUUAUUGGGGUUGAUAGAUAUCAUAUAACUUAAGUUCCU